UGCUGGGAUGCUCCACAUCGCUGGAGAGACGAAGUAGUUAAAAAUUAUUACUAGCGAGGGGGCCGGAACCUCGGGACGUGGGUAUAUAAGACGGUGCCUGAGCGCAGAGCGGCUGCUGCUGCUGUGAUCCAGGACCAGGGCGCACCGGCUCAGCCUCUCACUUGUCAAAGGCCGGGGAAGAGAAAAGCACAGCGCAACGGUGUGGUCCAAGCCGGGGCUUCUGCUUCGCCUCUGGGACAUACACGGGACCCCCCAACUUCAGUUCCCCAAACGCGCACCCUCGAAGUCUUGAACUCCAGCCCGGCACAUCCACGCGCGGCACAGGCGCGGCAGGCGGCAGGUCCCGGCCGAAGGCGAUGCGCGCAGGGGGUCGGGCAGCUGGGCUCGGGCGGCGGGAGUAGGGCCCAGCAGGGAGGCAGGGAGGCUGCAGAGUCAGAGUCGCGGGCUGCGCCCUGGGCAGAGGCCGCCCUUGCUCCACCCCACACCUGCUGCUGCCACCGCGCCGCGAUGAGCCGCUUGGUCUCGCUGCUGCUGGGCGCCGCGCUGCUCUGCGGCCACGGAGCCUUCUGCCGCCGCGUGGUCAGCGGCCAAAAGGUGUGUUUUGCUGACUUCAAGCAUCCUUGCUACAAAAUGGCCUACUUCCAUGAACUGUCCAGCCGAGUGAGCUUUCAGGAGGCACGCCUGGCUUGUGAGAGUGAGGGAGGAGUCCUCCUCAGCCUUGAGAAUGAAGCAGAACAGAAGUUAAUAGAGAGCAUGUUGCAAAACCUGACAAAACCCGGAACAGGGAUUUCUGAUGGUGAUUUCUGGAUAGGGCUUUGGAGGAAUGGAGAUGGGCAAACAUCUGGUGCCUGCCCAGAUCUCUACCAGUGGUCCGACGGAAGCAGUUUCCAGUACCGAAACUGGUACACGGAUGAACCUUCCUGCGGAAGUGAAAAGUGUGUUGUGAUGUAUCACCAACCAACUGCCAAUCCUGGCCUUGGGGGUCCCUACCUUUACCAGUGGAAUGAUGACAGAUGCAACAUGAAGCACAAUUACAUUUGCAAGUAUGAGCCAGAGAUUAAUCCAACAGCUGUUGUAGAAAAGCCUUAUCUUACAAAUCAACCAGGAGACACCCAUCAAAAUGUGGUUGUUACUGAAGCAGGUAUAAUUCCCAAUCUAAUUUAUGUUGUUAUACCAACAAUACCCCUGCUCUUACUGAUACUGGUUGCUUUUGGAACCUGUUGUUUCCAGAUGCUGCAUAAAAGUAAAGGAAGAACAAAAACUAGUCCAAACCAGUCCACACUGUGGAUUUCAAAGAGUGCCAGAAAAGAAAGUGGCAUGGAAGUAUAAUAACUCAUUGACUUGGUUCCAGAAUUUUAUAAUUCUGGAUCUGUAUAAGGAAUAGCAUCAGAACAAUAGCUUGGAAUGGCGUGAAAUCACAAAGGUCUGCAAGAUGAACUGUAAGCUCCCCCUUGAGGCAAAUAUUAAAGUAAUUUUUAUAUCUCUAUUAUUUCAUUUAAAAAAUAUGCUGUGCUAAUAAUGGAGUGAGACAUGCUUAUUUUGCUAAAGGGUGCACCGAAACUUCAAGCAAAUGAAAUGGACAAUGCAGACAAAGUUGUUAUCAACACAUCGGGAAUAUGUGUGUUAGAAGCAAUUCUUUUUAUUUCUUUCACCUUUCAUAAGUUGUAAUCUAGUCAAUGUAAUGUAUAUUGUAUUGAAAUUUACAGUGUGCAAAAGUAUUUUACCUUUGCAUAAGUGUUUGAUAAAAAUGAACUGUUCUAAUAUUUAUUUUUAUGGCAUCUCAUUUUUCAAUACAUGCUCUUUUGAUUAAAGAAACUUAUUACUGUUGUCAACUGAAUUCACACACACACAAAUAUAGUACCAUAGAAAAAGUUUGUUUUCUAGAAAUAAUUCAUCUUUCAGUUUCUCUGCUUUUGGUCAAUGUCUAGGAAAUCUCUUCAGAAAUAAGAAGCUAUUUCAUUAAGUGUGAUAUAAACCUCCUCAAACAUUUUACUUAGAGGCAAGGAUUCUCUAAUUUCAAUUGUGCAAGACAUGUGCCUUAUAAUUAUUUUUAGUUUAAAACUAAACAGAUUUUGUAAUAAUGUAACUUUGUUAAUAGGUGCAUAAACAGUAAUGCAGUCAAUUUGAACAAAAGAAGUGGCAUACACAAUAUAAAUCAUAUGUCUUCACACGUUGCCUAUAUAAUGAGAAGCAGCUCUCUGAGGGCUCUGAAAUCAAUGUGGUCCCUCUCUUGCCCACUAAAUAAAGAUGGUUAUUCGGGGUUUGGGAUUGACACUGGAGGCAGAUAGUUGCAAAGUUUGUCUAAGGUUUCCCUAGCUGUAUUUAGCCUCCGACUAUAUUAGUAUACAAAGAGGUCGUGUGGUUGAGACCAGGUGAAUAGUCACUAUCAGUGUGGAGACAAGCACAGCACACAGACAUUUCAGGAACGAAAGGAACUACGAAAUCGUGUGAAAAUGGGUUGGAACCCAUCAAUGAUUGCACAUUCAUUGAUGAGGGUUUGCUUGAGAUAGAAAAUGGUGGCUCCUUUCUGUCUUAUCUCCUAGUUUCUUCAAUGCUUAUGCCUUGUUCUUCUCGAGAGAGUUGUAACUGUCUGGUCUUCAUAUGUCCCUGUGCUCCUUUUAACCAAAUAAAGAGUUCUUGUUUCUGAAGAA